CGUUUGGGCCCAUGUGCAAGGCGAUCAUGCUUAUCAUAACGUGAACACAGAUCCAAGUGGACACGUCACUAUCCCCAACUUCAAUUGCAACGAACGGUAGAGAUUUGAGUAGACCCUACAAAGUUGUUCGAUGUUUAACGCCCAGCCUUCAUUAAAUAAGACAUGGAUGAGUCGCAUUACUAUCUCUUACACCGUCACCUGGUCAUUGGGAUCGCAGAUACGCUUCAUCUGCUAAAAUACGCCUCAUCCUUAUGGGCCUUCUCGACCAGUUAUGGGAUGACACCGUCGCCGGUCCUAGGCCCGAGAACGGCCUCGGCAAGCUCCGAAAGCACAACACCUUCGCUUCCCGUUCUACCUCCGGCAAGGAAAUGGAGACUGGAAUCGUGAGAUCGUACGGUGAGGAAUCAUUGGAGCAGGUAACGAGAGUAACCCGUAGUAUCAUGAUCGUGAAACCGCCAGGUUACCAAAGUGGGUCGCCACCGAUUUCUCCCGCUGGUUCUACUCCUCCGGUGUCUCCGUUUUCGGGAACUAGAGAGUCCUUUCGGUUUCGGAGAAGGUCAACGUCGGAUGCGUACGAGAAGAGAGGCCAAAACAGAUCAAACCCUUCUUCUCCUUUCGAUGAGUGAGAAAUGAGCCACAUUUUCUCGACUUUGGAAGCUGAGGAUGUUACCUUUUGGCCUUUGCUGUAAUAUUUUUUGUUUAGUUAUUUGUGUGCAUGUAUCUUUAUAUGAGUUGAGUUGAAGUUUUGUGCUGCAGUUCACGUUAGGCAUGAGGCUCUGUUUGGUUAAGCUUCUUUUAAGUUUGAAUUAGGUAAGCAGUGUUAAUGGUUUUAAGUUGUAAGUAAAGAAGUGCAAAGGGUAGGGUAGCAGUGUAUCUAUCUUGUAAUAUGUAUGUGUAUAUAGAGCCUUUAAUUUACUGUGUUCUUGUUUUAAUUACCUUGUAAGUUUUCUCUUGCUGAAUAACAACCUACUUAGUUCUUGUCAA